AGUUGGAUACACUUGAAUAAAAUACUGUAAUCCAUCGCUUAACGUUGAAGUUGGUUACACUAGUUUAAGAUGAGGACCAAGACUGACCUGUUAAGAUCCGGCAUGGCAACAGGAAGCUAACACGUACAGAAGGUUAAUCAUAAACCAUGACAGCUUCAUCUUUUUGUCACCCUUAUUCUUGGAAAGACAUAAAAAGAGCACAAAGCUAAUCAAUUUCACGUGGGAGCUACAACAACCGCAAUUGUUUCGGUUCAUUAAAAAAAAAAAAGAGGAGAAACUGAAAGGGAAAGGUGAAAGAAAGCACAUAUAAAGGAGGGAGGACUGAGGAAAAACUUCAGACCCUUCACAGAGAGCAAAACUAAACAGUCAUUCAAGAUGAAGUUGUUGCUUUUACUUGUGCUACUGGGAACCGCAACUGCAAAGGUCCAAGAUCUUUCCGGAAAAAUGUUCACCUUCCCCCAGCCAACAAACUCAGCUCAAGUGAGGAUGAGUCUAGCAAAUCAGGUUUACAAAGCUGUAACUGUCUGUCACAGAUCUGUUACAGACCUUAAAAGAGACCACGCAAUCUUUUCUAUAGCCACACCCUCUGACGACAAUGCCUACCUGGUUUUCUGGCACAAUGUGGUCCAAGAGAUGCAGACCUAUGUCAAAACUACUACAGCGGCUGGUUAUAGGGAAUGGGACUACAAGUCAAACAAGUGGCACUCCAUCUGCACCACAUGGGACUCUGUGACUGGACUCGGACAAAUGUGGUUUGAUGGGGUACCUUCAAUCAGGAAAUUUAUAAGGUCUGGAGAAGCCAUCAUUGGGCAACCUAUAGUUAUUUUAGGACAGGAACAAGACAAACAUGGUGGAGGGUUUGACAUUAAUCAGAGCUUUGUCGGCAUGAUGUCAGAUGUCCACAUGUGGGACUACAUCCUAUCACCGUGUGAGAUCCAAAACUACAUGGAAAACCUGCACUUCACUCCAGGAAAUGUGCUGAACUGGAACGCGCUGGACUUUGAUAUUUCUGGCCAUGUCCUGAUUGAAGAUAAAACUGUAGUUUGUCAACUUAAAAAUAUUCAAGUUGGUGCAUAAUCUUACACUUUUUUUCCUUUGAGUAGAUUAAAAGUUAAAGCAAGUGUUCCAAUUGUUGUUAAUUGACUUGAUUGUCUGAGUUCAUGAAAUAAUCACACAUUACAAUUAGUUUCCUCUCUUUUGUAUCACAAAAAAAUAUAUUUUCAAGUAAAACCUCUACCUGCACUUAAUUUGUUUUUCAUUUUGGCCACUUCCUUCAGGAGUCUCCACAGUAAAUUACCCUGUGAUUUGAUUUUACUUCCCUGGCUCCUGUACAUCCAGACCAACCCUCUGGAUUUACUUCAAUUUGACAGAUAAAAUUAAUAUAAAGAGCCCUUUUGUGGUUUUUGUGACUUUUAGACCCAGGAAGUCUAUCAUUCAGAAACUAACUCAACCCUAUAUUUGGUAAGCGCAGGGAACCAAGUUACAAAGCAGCGUCAGUCAAGGGUCUUGCCGAAGGACCCAAUCUGGAUUAGGCUCAAUGCACACCCCGGGGAUUGAACCCAGGAUUCCUGCGUGACAGCCCUACACCCAGCCCACUGAGCUGCUAAAACAAAAGUGUCUUAUAUUUAUACAAGGAUAAUUCAAACUCCAGUGCAAUACAGCAUUAAAGAAAAUUAUAACAAUUAAGAAGGAUGGUCUAAGCCAAAGCUUUUCCACAUUCCAUCAGCAUGUGUGACAACAGUGACAUUUCUGCUUUGAAAGAUCAAUACAAAUACAAUUAUUCUUAACCAGCGACCAUAUC